CCGACCAUUCACGGGAUAUAAGUGAUUGAAUGUUAUCGAAAAAAAAAAUGAAUUAUCGCGUGAAUCCCCAACUGAUAGCCUCAUUUUGUUUUGGCCUGUGAAAAGUGAAUGCUGUCAACUGCAAGCUUUACGUUAACAAGCACUGACAAUAUGCAAGUAUUCAACUGUAUCACAAAGCUUUAUAUUUUAUGUUUUUUGGGGGUCAUUACCUGUUGAAUUGCGAUCGACCAUGGCACCAGCAAAGGCCUGAAUUCACCAAUUACUUUGACCGACAAUGAAGGAUUCAGCCGUUUAACGAGAGACAUGCACCCGUCUGAUAUGGCACGUGACUCUUGCCCAGAAGAUUAUUCUCCUUGCACUUGCGUAGCAAACGGACCAUCCGCCCUAUACGUGACCUGUACAAACGCCUCGAUCGAAGAAAUCCAAGAUGUAUUUUACCGCACACGAACCGUAGACCUUUACAGAGUUGAAUUGUUCCUCACAAGAUCAAUGUCGGGUACAACUCAUUUGCCAGCCGAUUUAUUGCAAGACAAACGCGCCCAGGAAAUUUUAAUGUUUUGCCCAGUUGAUGCUGAACCCAAGCUCGGUCUUACUUUUGAUCCUGCGGCUUUUGAAUUUAGUCGGUUCAACACGAAUUACUUUGCCCUCGACGGGUGCGAUCUUGCAUCUCAAACGGACAUGCUCUUUUUGAAUGAUUUUUCUAUUCUCGACACGCUGAUCCUGUAUCGUGUUGAUAACAUCGGAUCCGUCUCAACUCUGCCGACUUUUACUUUGCCAGCUCUGAAGAUAUUCGCCAUUAUGAAUUGCACUGGUCUGCAAAAUGUCACUUUCCCGGAUUUGACCCCUGCUACACUAGAACAACUCGUUGUGCAGCGGAGCCAUUUAGAUGAUUCGACAGUGAAUGAUAUUUUGGUAUCUGUGGGCAGUUCGUCUUCCGCCAGCUCGUUAUGGGCUAUCAGCUUAGAAGCCAACGCGUUGACCAAACUGCCAAGGAUCGCCGCCUUCUCAAAAUUAGUUUAUUACGACGUAAGCUCCAAUGUCAUCCCUUACAUUAGCCAAUCGAGUUUGGUCUUCAGCGAUCCCGUGUUCAGUCUUGAUUUAAGUAAUAACUCCAUUACUGCAAUCGAAGGUGGUGCUUUCCUAGAUACAUAAAUCAAUUAUUAUUUGCAUUUGUGCUGUAUGAAAAAAAGCAAUUUUCUCCAUAGGUGAACUCGCGGAAACAUCUUGGGUCAUGCUGGAAUAUAAUCAAUUGACGGAAUUUAGAGAAGACGUUUUCCUACCAAUGUUGCAACAAAUGAACGGGACAAGCGGAGAACUCCGCGUUACGGGAAAUCCGUUUGACUGCGGCUGCAGUUUAGCUUGGCUGAUUCGUGACAAUCCAACUCUCAUCACCUACGUCAAAGGUGGAGUUUGUGGUGGCUUUUUUAGUUCGAGGACCUCAACCCAGAGUCUUACGUCAACUGCUAGAAAUUGAUAUUUGUCGUGCCACCCGCAAAUGGUAUAACAUCGCUUUGGCUGCCGUUUGUUUGACGUGAGUUGAACGCAAUAGAAUUCCACACUUUCAUCCUUACCUUCCGAAGGUUACGCUUGCACUGAUAGGAACCGUUCGGGAAGUAUUGAAAUAAUUAAAAAUUAAGUAUAGCACCAUGCGAUUUUCCCAUACUAUUUUUUAGAACAGAACGGAAUUUGGAAUAUGAAU